GUGUAUAAAGCCGUGAGCGUCUGUUCUCUUCUACGCUUCUCUCAGAAUGAAGUCUCUGCUGAGAUAUUUGGACUGGACCUCAGUGGGCUUGGCCCUGCUGGGUGGUCUGCUCACUCUGCUUCUGCUAGAGAUCUUCAGGUUGAACCUCUCCAGGAGCCGCUACCCUCCCGGACCCAAGCCACUGCCCUUUGUGGGGAACGUGCCAGAGAUCCUAAAGAACCCAAUGGCCAGCAUCAGAUCGAUGAAGAAACAUGGGGAGAUGUUUUCCAUGUACAUGGGCAGGAAGCCAGUAAUAGUGUUGAAUACCCUGCAGUUGUUGAAGGAAUCUUUUGCUCAGAAUGGGGCCAUUUAUGCUGGAAGGCCAGCCGACCCAAUACUAGACUGGAUUACCAAUGGGCACGGUAUCCUGAUGGCUGCGUAUGGCGAUUCCUGGAAACAGCAGCGUCGCUUUGCUCUGCACACGCUGCGCAACUUUGGUCUGGGGAAGAAAACGGUCGAGAAACGUGUGGCCGAGGAGGCGCAGUACCUCAUAAAAGAGCUGCUCAAGCAGGAAGGGAAGGCUUUUCAUCCCAUCCACCCAAUUAUGAACGCAGUCUCCAACAUCAUCUGCUCCGUCGUCUUUGGGGACCGCUUUGAAUAUGAUGACAAGCGCUUUGCUAAGCUGCUGGAAAUUCUGAAUGAAAACUUUCAGCUUAUUGGAUCAACUCCAGGACGGAUCUUCAGCUUAUUCCCCUUCAUAAAACACUUCCCAGGGCCACACCAGAAGGUGUGGCAGAAUGCCAACUCCUUAAAAGAGUUCAUCCAUGAGGCUGUGGAGGAGCACAGGAAGUCUCUGGACCCAGAACACCUUCGAGACUUCAUUGAUGCCUACCUUGUGGAGAUGACCAAGCAAGGGUCAAAAGAAGACUCUACAUUCCAUGAAGAUAACAUGAUUAUGUCCACGGCUGACCUUUUCCUCGGUGGGACGGACACUACAGCUACCACUCUCAGAUGGGGCCUCAUUUACAUGAUGGACCACCCUGAUGUGCAAGAGCGCUGUCAUGAGGAGAUCUUUCGGGUGUUGGGUUUUGACCGCUCUCCCUGCAUGGAUGACCGCACACAGCUACCAUACAUGUAUGCCACCAUCCACGAGAUCCAGCGCUGCUCACACAUUGUCCCGGUCAUCGUACACGAAACUACACAGCCAACACAGCUCUGCGGAUAUAACCUCCCCAAGGGAACAAAGGUCAUGGCCAAUUAUGUGACCAUCAUGACUGACAAAAAGCACUGGAAGCACCCGGACACAUUCAGCCCAGAGAACUUUCUGGAUGAGAAAGGAAAGUUCUGCAAAAAUGACUCUUUUUUGCCGUUCUCUCUGGGUCCAAGAGCGUGUCUGGGGGAGACUCUGGCGAGAACAGAGCUCUUCAUCUUCUUCACCGCUCUGCUCCAGCGACUGAAGUUCUCAUGGCCUCCUGGAGCUCCACCUCCAAACAUGGAUGGCAUCUUGGGCGUCGUCCGCUCUCCGUUCCCCUUCAAUACAAUCUGCCUCAGCAGAGAGACCACCCACUGAAUCCUGUUCAGCUUUCACACCACAAAUACCCAAUUGGAGAGCUGGACACAACCUAACACAGAGGAAAAUUCAACACAGAUUUUGAUUGAACUUCUCAUCACUUUCUAAUAGUACCACAGCAACAACCUCUGUAAACUUUGACAAAUAUCUGAUGGACAGAUGGAGGAUUUACCCUGAAGACAGUUAUUGCACUAUGAAGUAACUUUUUAUAUUGUGUUUUUUGUUUGUUUUAGAUGAGCAGCAGAUAUGACAUAGGAGACAUAAUGACAGUCACUGCAAUAAAGCCGCAAUGUGUCUAUAAACAUCAGACUGUUUAGAAGCAGAUAAACAGCACAUCGUAAGAGAUAACCAGGCCAAAGUACAGCCUCCACAUGGACACACCACAUGGUGUGGUGGGGGGGGGGGGGGUAGUUUUACAACUAAGCAUCCCAAACUAAACAUUGAGUGCACUUCAUUUUCCCUCACCUCAGUUCAAUGCAGUUAAUUUUUAAAAAGCUUUUAAAAUCUUAUGUUUUUGUUUAAAAUGUAAUUUCCCUGUGUUUGACACAGCCUCUUUUCACUAAUCAUAUUUGUUUUGAUGGAUACAGGUUAAAACAACAUAGAAUUACAUUGAAUUAGUUGGCUUGGAACAACUUACCUGACUUUUCUAGCAAAUGUAAGAUUUCGACUUGUCGGUGAGGUAACACUCACAUAUGUUGCUCUAGGAAAAAAAAAUUAAAAAUCAACCAAAGCUAGAAAGCAGAAAACAAUUCAUGCGCUAGUAGUUGUUAUUCAUUUUACCUACAUUACAUUAUUAUAUAUAUUAUUAUAUUAACACCUGAACUUGCUUUUACAAUGUAACACAAUGUAGUGUAUGUGUAUAAAAAGUCUUCAUAUAGACUAUAUAUAUAGUGUAUGUGGAGGUCUUAUGUAUAUAGUCUAGUACUCAAGUCCAAUCUUGCCCUCACGACUGGAAAUGAAUGGUCUAAUGUUGUCUCAGUCUCGGGGUGAGCUGCUUCUGGAACUUGUUCUCAAAUCCAGCCGAGUGCGAUACCUCCAUCUGAGAUCACUGAACUGAAGUAACCGAUUUUUUUCUGUCUAAAUAACCUGGUUAAGAUUUAAACAUGUUAAUGUGCUUGUAGAUUAAAACACUUCAAAUGCCAGACUUGAAUUCUGCCUCUACCAAAGCAGAGCAAGCAAUGGAGGAAGCCUUGCUCUCUUGUUCAGUCUAAUGCUGUGUGCAGACACACUAAAUGACUCAAAGGUGAAAUCCUGAAUCCAACAGGCUGCAUCACACAAAUCUUCAGACUCCUCAGUGCUGACUGCUGAUAUGAGAUUGUAAGAUCUGAGUGUAAACUGUGUGAACAUCUGACCUAUAUGCCAUAAAAGUGAGAGUAAGUUUGUCUGUGCUGUUGAAAUUUGUCUGCAGUUCUGUAUUGUUUUUGAAGGUUACACUACCUUCUCCUGGCAACGCCCAUCUUUAUGGAACUUUACAGGAGUGACUGUCAUGUGAUCAAAAUAAACACCAUCCCUACUAGAGCCGUGAAAUGAGUAACAGGUGCUGUAAAGUCACAUGACUUUUCUGUCAAAAUAAAAGCCAGUUUGUAAAAUCCUCAA